GCCCCGGCCCGGGAGGAUGCGGCCCUGGGCGGCCCGGGAGCUGAGCAGGGCCCCCGCGCCGGCCCCCGCGGGCCCCGGCCUCCGGAACCGCAGCUGCCGCCCCGCCCCCGAGAGACAUGACUUCCAAGCCGCAUUCCGACUGGAUUCCCUACAGUGUCUUAGAUGAUGAGGGCAGCAACCUGAGGCAGCAGAAGCUUGACCGGCAGCGCGCCCUGCUGGAGCAGAAGCAGAGGAAGAAGCGCCAGGAGCCGCUGAUGGUGCAGGCCAACGCCGACGGGCGGCCCCGGAGCCGGCGGGCCCGGCAGUCGGAGGAGCAGGCCCCCCUGGUGGAGUCCUACCUCAGCAGCAGCGGCAGCGCCAGCUACCAAGUUCAGGAGGCCGACUCGCUUGCCAGUGUGCCACUGGGAGCUGCCCACCCCACAGCACCAGCCUCAGCCAAGAGAACCAAGGCAGCCGCCGCAGCGGGGGGCCAGGGCGCGGCCUCUGGGAAGGAGAAGAAGGGGAGGCACAAAGGCACCGGCGGGCCAGCAGCACUGGCAGAAGACAAGUCCGAGGCCCGAGGCCCCAUGCGGAUCCUGACUGUGGGCCAGUCAGACCACGCCCGGGACGAGGGGGAGACAGCCGCUGGUGGGGGCACACGGCCCAGCGGGCAGGACAUCCGUGCCACGAUGCAGAGGAAGGGCGUCUCCAGCAGCGUGAGCUUCGAAGAGGAAGAGGAGGAUGAGGACGAGGACAGCUCCAGCUCCUCCCAGCUGAACAGCAGCCCCCGCCCCAGCUCUGCGACGAGCAGGAAGUCCCUCAGGGAGGCAGCCUCAGCCCCCAGCCCCCCAGCCCCAGAGCCGUCGGUGGAUGUUGAGGUCCAGGAUCUUGAGGAGUUCGCCCUGAGGCCGGCCCCGCAGGGGAUCACCAUCAAGUGCCGCAUCACACGGGACAAGAAGGGCAUGGACCGGGGCAUGUACCCCACCUACUUUCUGCACCUGGACCGCGAGGAUGGGAAGAAGGUGUUCCUCCUGGCGGGAAGGAAGAGAAAGAAGAGUAAAACUUCCAAUUACCUCAUCUCUGUGGACCCAACAGACUUGUCUCGAGGAGGGGACAGCUACAUCGGGAAACUGCGGUCCAACCUCAUGGGCACAAAGUUCACCGUUUAUGACAAUGGAGUCAACCCUCAGAAGGCAUCAUCUUCUACUUUGGAAAGUGGAACCUUACGUCAGGAGCUGGCUGCUGUAUGCUACGAAACAAAUGUUUUAGGUUUCAAGGGGCCGCGGAAGAUGAGUGUGGUUGUCCCAGGCAUGACCAUGGUUCACGAGAGAGUCUCUAUCCGGCCCCGCAACGAGCAUGAGACGCUGCUAGCACGCUGGCAGAAUAAGAACACGGAGAGUAUCAUUGAGCUGCAGAACAAGACGCCUGUCUGGAACGAUGACACACAGUCCUACGUACUCAACUUCCACGGGCGCGUCACUCAGGCCUCCGUGAAGAACUUCCAGAUCAUCCACGGCAAUGACCCGGACUACAUCGUGAUGCAGUUUGGCCGUGUAGCAGAGGACGUGUUCACCAUGGAUUACAACUACCCACUGUGUGCGCUGCAGGCCUUUGCCGUUGCCCUGUCCAGCUUCGACAGCAAGCUGGCCUGCGAGUAGAGGCCGCCUCGUGCCCUCUGGGGUUGCCCAGCCUGGGGUGGAGCUGCCUGCCUGCGGAGACAGCCCUGCCGACCCCCUGUACAUAGGCCUCGUGCCAGGUGACCCUUUGGCUCUCAGUGGGCUCCCGGGCCCAGCCAUCCAGGAACUGGCUCCUGCGCCUCCACUGCUGAGGCAGAGGAGUGGGGGAUAUGAAGGGACCAGCGUGAAUUCUUUCUGUGCCCCAAGAUCAACACACACCCCCCCCACCCUUGGGUUAGUAUCCUGCUGCAGUCAUGUUUGCCAAGCUGAGCAGCCUCUUCAGCCGGGGAGGCAGGAAGAGGUGUAGAGGGAGAGGAAGCACAGUGCAGGGCUGCUGGGGCCCAGCCAUGCACUCAGCCCAACUGUGAGGGGCACAGCGAGUGUGGUGUGUUAGUGUAAGUGUUAGGGCACACCUACUUUACAGAGCAGAGGGCUGGGUAGCCAAGCCUGGCCCUUACAACUACAGGAAGUCCUCCAGCUUCAGAAGGCCUCAGCUGGGCCUGGGAAGAGUUACGGGGAUGGGGAAAGGUGAGUGGCAGGACCUUGCCAGGGUUGCAGGGGCCCGGCUGUGGCUGUGGGAAGUGGCUGGUGGCCUAGGGUUUGAGCUCAUUUGAUUUCUCUGUGUGCACAGAGGCGGCAGGAGGCCAGCCCCCAAGGUCAGAUCUCUUAGAGGAUGGGGCCUGCAGGACGCAGGCUCAGCGUACAGGCGGCGCAUGGGACAGGGCUGUCCUGGAGCUCCGUCAGCUGCCCCGGGAGCUCCCUGCUGAGCAGUCCCUGCACAAACCCCAGGACACCAGCCCCAGUCUGCACACAGGUAGGCGUGCCUGGAGCUCCCGUCUGUGCUUCGGCUCCCACUGCAGUCAGCCUAGGCUGUGGUCGCUGAGGGCUUGUAUGUGGUUGUUCUUAGCUGGGAAUGGGACAGGGUAAGGAGAGCAGGAAAUGUUUUAGAACCACUAGAGAUCAGAGGUGGCAGGACCCUGAGAGAUCAUCUAGAAAAUAGGACUUGCCCUGGGUCACCUGGCUGGUUAGGGGCAGAGUUCGGAGUUUCAGCUCCCUUGAUUUCCUUGUUUCCACCAUCCCCCAAGAAACUGCUCUCUCUGACCUUCCUAGGGCACAGUCUGCAUGCCCGUGCACCUGAUUCCAGAGACUUAGAAAUGUCAAGAGGUGGUGAAAUUGAAACCAUUUCAGUGGGAAAUUGGGCAGUUCCCUGCCGAAAGCUGUCUGGAUUUUUGCAUGUCCGUCUGAUAGGGACUGGCCUGUGCCUGGCUCCUCCCCGAGGGCGGGCCUUAGCAAGGCUGCUGCCCGUUUUGCUAUCUAGGUGUGACAGGUGGGUUGUGAGUGUUCAGGGCUGGCUGCGCCUGAUCUCUCUCUACCGCCCUCCUCCUUGGAUGGCACCAUCUACUCUGAAGACUUGGAAAGUCUUGCAUAUUUGUCAUUUACCCUGACAGAGGCUACUCGCCCAGAUGGAGAUCAGAAAUCAGUGGGAAGCAAGCAAGAGUUGUUCCCCACUUCAGAGUAGAUAGAUCUGCUUGGAAAGACUACAUAGAAGUUGGUUUUUUAAAAAGUAAAAAUCAUACUUUAAACAUGUUAGCAAGGCUCUGAGGUGAAGUUGUUUUGACUUCAGUGGGAGUAGUACGCUCUCAUUUCCUGGUAAUCUGGGUUUUCCUACGUUGAGUGCUUAAAGCAAGGCAUUCUUGUUCUAGCAGGGAUCUGCCCACUCCUGGGGCAUGUCUCUGUGAGAGGCCCCUCCAAUGAUCCAGGUUUUGUUAACAUGGUCUAGUUUCUAGACAGCUCUUGACUUGGGGCCAUCUUUAGGGCACUAGAACUUUCUAUACUGGAGCUGUUCCACUUGCCAAUGAAAUACUGUCAUGCCGUCCUCCUUUCCAUAGUCCCAGUUUGGCUCUUCCUUUCUUGACUUUGAAAAGAGAGACCUGCUGACAUUUAGAAUGAUGGAAAGUAGAUGAUCUCUGAAGUCUAGUCAAGCUGUUUCUCUGGGUCAAUGAUUUUAAGGUAGAACAGGUUGAUGCUGGCUCCUCAUGAGAGAGGGAUCCUGGUGGCAGAGUGGAAAAUUCAUUAGAAGCACAAUCGAAAAGUAGUCCCCUGCUUUCUCCUCUAGUACACAGGGGAGGGGGUUGACAGAUGUUUUGGUAGGGUCAGGAACGUGGCCUGAGAGUUCCAGCCUGGGCAUGGAAAAGGGUAGCUCAGCAACAAAACCCUCUGUUGGGCAUUGAGUGACAGGCAGUAGCACUCGAGUCACCUGCUUAAGACCCCAGCCUUGCAAGGUCUGUUCUUAAGACCCCAUUCUUGGUGAUGCUGGUUUUCCUUGACCACUGGCCUCAUAGCCAUGGGCCCAAAGACUCAUAAAGCUGCCAGGGCCCCUGGAGACCACUUGGGCUCAGCCUCUCCCACAGUAAGAGUUCUUGCCCUUCAUACUCUCUAACCAGAUGGUCCUUGGUUGGGCAGGGAACUUGGUGAUGGAAUGAGCAGUCCCUAAGGGUGUUGGGUAGCUGGGACAUUAGGCAGCUCCUCUGUAACUGCUCCUAGCUCUAACUCCUCCUGGGGCCACACCCCCAAACUCUAUGCCCUCUGCCCCCAAACAGUUCUACAGAGCAGUGAAGUUCACUUCCCUAACUCUUCCCCAAUUCUGGCUUUUCUUUCCUUCUGGCUCCAAGGUGCUCUGUGUCUGUCUGUGUGUCUCUGCGUGUAUUUGGGGCAAAGGGCAAUCUGUGAACAAUCAAUUGAGGUUUCCUAUUACAAUCAUAUUUCUACAGAUGAAUAGGAUAGUUAUGAUCACCGUUGGAUUUUGUUCAUGUCAUGCUCUUUGAUCAGAAAGUAUAAUUUGGAAAGUACCAACUCUUUCUCCCAAGGUUCUCCAAGGAAGACACCAUCCCAAAAAGUUUAGUUCUUCAGUUCCCACUUUGCAUUACCUGAAGAAAUUGGUGUGUUGCAUGUGUGCUUUUGGAUGAAUUUGAACUUAUUCUAGUUGAAUGUGCCUUAAAAAUCAUGACACUAAUUCAGAACGAGCAUGUAAGGUCCAGACCCAUGCUGAGGACAGGUGUUAAAAGCCAGGGAGUGUGAUAAUCACAGGCUAGAAGACAACAUUUGGGGCCCACCUCCUUCAGUGACAAGGGCAACAAAACUGUAGAAGCAGACAUCUUUCUUUGCUCUGGAAAUGGUGGGGCAUUUACUUCUAAAUGAAUUUACCAUAUAUUUAGAGGCAGUUCUGAAUUUAACAAGCCACAGUGAUGACUUCAAACUAAGAUGCUUGUGCUUUCCUUACAGUGAGGGGAGAGGCUGGGCUGGCUGUGUCCAUGGCUUUGUUAUGCAAGCACAAAUUCCAUCUCCUAGAUGGAGUCCCUGGCUUUGCCUUCCUGCGGUUAACACCGGCCUGUCCCUCUCUACAAUUCUUCACCCCAGCUGAGAUACCCCUGUGACCUCAGGAUGCCAGGUGGCCCUCAGAGCACAUUUUUCCAGAUAGCUGAAUGAGUCUGCUUUCUUCUGGUGCCCAGCACUGAGUGGGGCCUGACUCCACUGCACUCAGGGCCCAGCGUUGGGACCCUACACUGCCCUGGGCCCUGGCUUGUAGAACUGUAGCAGCCCCAGGAACAGGCCAGAGGAUGGGCUCUUGUUUGAGUUUAGUGGUCACCUGUCCUUCCCAUACCUCCUGUUUGUAAUUUUCUGUCAUCUCAGGAUAUGGGGGGAAAGGUACAGCAGAAGUAUUUGGGACGGGUUUGGUUUUUGAAUUUUCCAACCAAGUUGAGAGGCAGGUUGGUCUUACAGAAAGCACUACUGCACUUAGUAACCAUGUGAUUUUGAGCAAACCACGUGAUUUUUCUAGGUCUGUUUUCUCACCUACAAAAUAAGGAGGUUGGACUGUCACAGCUUGCAGUAGGAUUCAGGGUGAAUGAAAGUUGAUCCUUGCUUUCAUCACUUUCUAGCUCAUCACCGUGCCUUUUUUCUUUCCUAAGAAAGACGUCACACCCCUUUUCUCUUCUGUUGUCCCUCCCUCCUUCCCUAUCAGGGUCCAGGCAGAGCUGGAGAUUAGGCUGAGAUCCAGAAUUUCCUAGAGAGUAACAGAGUGGCUUAGAAAGGGAAGCCCGACUCUGGCCUCUUUAAUCCUGCAUUUGGUGACUAAGGGGACUUAGGAUGGUGACACUUCUCUUGUUGGGAGCAUACAUUUAGCCAGUUUUCAUAAUGCCUAGAAUGUGUAUGUCUAUUUGCACAAGAUUGUCUUUUCCUAUUUUGGAGUGGUCAGACAUUUUAUUUUUGUUCAAAAUCAUCAAGUUUUAGACAAACUUGCAAAACUGUGCUUUUAUUAAGUGACUUUUUGAAUAAACUCUUUGGUAUUCUGGAGCAAAUGUAUUUAUUUAUUGGUAUGUGCAAUGACAAAGUUGGUAUUUUCCCAUGUUGACAUUAUGUAUGUUGUAGAACUUAGUGUUUGUCUAAGUACAGACCACAAACCAUAUAUCAACAAAUUAAACUUGAACUGUUUCAACACUGCUGUGCACU